UGUUUACUGAGAGACAGCAGCUGAUUGGCUGCUGUGGCUUUUAAUGUCACAGAGGGGAGUGGCUGAGUGGCAUAAAAUAACAUGUCCUUAUAUGGGCGCUUGUGGACUGCACCAUUCUCCACAGGACUCGAGGGGUGUUUGCUCUCAGCGAAAAGAUUUAUGUAGGCAGCUUACUACCUCAUGUGGAUGUAAUGCUGAUAAAAUGUUGAAGGAUGAGUUUGUUGUUAGUGUAAACUGUGAACCCAAGCUUUUUGAAGGGGUAUGUUAUCUGCUUGUUACAUUGUGAUGGUCUAGUGGUUUCUAAGAUUUGGUAUGGAUCCUCCUGCUCUAGUGCUGAGCUGUAUGUUGUAGCAGUGUCUCCUCUGGUCAGCAGUGGUUUGUUCCUCAGACAGACUGUAUCCUCCCCUCUCUGAGUCAGGUUUAUCUCAACUCCCAGGAAAUACAGCAGCGACGACAGAAGUGUGAAAGCUGCCGAUCAAGAAACUGUUGACGCUAUUAAACGAGGGAGAAGAGAAGAGCUGAGAAGAACCAUCAAGUUGUCUGGAAUCUUCUCUUAAGUCCUCUUCCAAUGGUUGAUUGGUUGAGGCCAUGGCCUCUCAGUCAGGCAACAUGAACCGUGAAGACCGGAAUAUGCUCCGUAUGAAAGAAAGGGAAAGGAGAAAUCAAGAAAUCCAGCAGGGAGGAGAGGCCUUUCCAGCUAACUCUCCCCUCUUUCCUGAACCUUAUAAAUCCUGCAAGGAAGAUAAACUCUCAAGUCGCAUCCAGAGCAUGCUUGGAAAUUACGACGAAAUGAAGGAGACCAUCGGUGAACCCCCAAUGUCCAAGCUCAUUCCCAAAGCCUCCAGCUCCUCCUCGGACGAUAAAUCCAGCCAGAGUCAGAACAGUAAAUGGACUCCUGUUGGCGGCAACUCUUCCUCGUCCUGCCCGUCCUCCUCUACUUCCUCCUCCUCGCAGAAGCGCCCGUCCGUGCAGGGCAGCCGCAGCGGCGGUCAACGGCACGAGCGAGACUACAGCAGCAGCAAGAAGUCCAACAAGCACGGGUCAGAGCACAAAUCCAGCCCGGCCAAGAGCUCCGGCGGACACCCGCGCAGCCGCACCAAGUCACCCAGGGACAGAGAAGCCAACUGGGACUCGCCCUCAAGAGUUCACUCCUUCUCCAGUGGACAGCAUCCCAGCCAGAGCUUCCCGCCCUCACUCAUCAAACCAAGCUCCAUGGUCCAAAAACCCACCGCCUAUGUGCGGCCCAUGGACGGCCAGGAAACAGCCGAACCCAAGACCUCCUCGGAGUCGUACGGUGGCCAGUCGCACAGCAGUGCCGUGGGAGAAAUGAAGCCUAAUGGCAAGGCUUCCCUCACCAAGCUCAAGAUCCCGACCCAGCCAGUCGAUGGUCCAGUGGGAGAUGCCAGCUGUGUUGAUGAAAUUUUAAAGGAAAUGACUCAGGUCUGGCCUCCUCCACUAACAGCCAUUCACACGCCCUGCAAGACCGAACCAUCCAAAUUUCCCUUCUCCACCUCUAAGGAUGCCCAGCACCCGUCCUUUGGGGCACAAAAGAAACUCUCAGGGAAGAGCGCGUCCAGCAGUCACACGUCUAAACCGAGCGACAGCGACCAGAACACGCUGCAUGAAGAUCUGAAGCUCAGCAGCAGUGAAGACAGUGACGGAGAGCAAGAUCCUGCUAAAAACCCCUCCAGAAACACCUCAACAAGUAACAACAGUAAUAACAGCGAGGCUGCUGAUCGAGAAGACACCAGCAGUCACAGCGGUUCGGACAGCAGCUCUGGUUCAGACAGCGAGAGCGAGGACAGCUCUACAGACAGUGAGAAAGACGAGCCCCCUCGCCCUGCGUCACCCGAGUGCAAGUUUCCCUGUUUGACAUCACAGCGGGAACAGCCCACGGCUAACAAAUGGCAGCUGGACAACUGGUUCAAGAAAGCCAACAAGUUGUCCCCUGCUUCUCCGGUGGAGAACCGCAGCACAACGCCAACAAAGUAUAAGAAAGAGGGACGAGACGCCAGCUCCAGCAGGAUCUACAGUGGCUCGAGUUCAAAAGAUGUGACGCCGUCUGCCGGGCGAGACCUCCGGCCAAACCAGAAGGGGCAAGACAGGCGAAGUCAGAAAUCUCCGGCUCAGAGCGAGGGGGGAAGUCAGGGCGGGCGGCGAGCGGUGGUGGGCAAGAAGCAGCCUAAAAAGCCAGAGAAGCCACCCGUGGUGGAGGAGCCGAAGGGUGGGCUCAAAGUGGAGACCGAACCCUCGCCCGAGAUCCCGUCACACCUCAGAGUCCGUGCACCCAACAAGGGCCCCCGCAAACCCAACAUCAAGAAGGAGCCCAAAACUUCCUCUCCGCGACCGGCACCAGACAAACGCAAGAAAAAGUCCCGGGAGUUCAUCGAAUCUGACUUGUCAUCGUCGGACUCGGAGGGAAACGAAAGUGUUCCCUCGUCUUCGCAGACGCCGAGAGAGCAGUACGCCGAGAACCCGUCCGCCCUGUUCUCGCCCAUGCUUUCCCCACUGAGUGACCAAGAGGGGAGGCUGGUGUCCAGACUGCUGGUGCAGAUCGACCUCAAUCUGCUGUCCAGAGUGCCUGGUCGAGUCUACAAGGAAACGGAGGUGAAAGUGGAGAGGAGCUCCCCUCCCCAGGGCAAAGACUUCCAGAAACAGCCUGGAGAAAAGGCAGCCAGCAAGGGGAAGAGAAAGCACAAGAAUGAUGAAGAGGGUCUCAAACCAGACAGUAAGAAGUCCAAACUGGAUGAAAAGUCAUCACACAAACCCAGUAGUAAAGACUCAUCUAAGCGUGCUCAGGACAAAGAGAAGGAGUCUGCGCCCUCUCCUUCCAUCACGCUGCAGCGGACGCCCAAAUCAGAGCACCAGGGCCGCAAGCGCACGCUCAGCCAGUCCUCCGCCUCUGUUCCCAGCAGCAAAGACAACAGCAAGAGCAGCUCCAAACACCACAAGCCCUUACGCAGGGAUGCCAAGGAGAAAAGCUCUAAAACGGAGAAUCCCAUUGCAGUGCCGCCUCUCUCCGAUGGCUCUAAAUCUAGAUCCAAACUCCUGUUUGAGGACCGGGUUCAUUCGGCUGAUCAUUACCUUCAAGAAGCGAAGAAACUGAAACACAACGCAGAUGCUCUGUUCAACAUUGAGAGCGACACAACAGGUGCUCUCCUCACACGAAGCACAUGGAUGGACCGGUUUGAGAAGGCCGUGUAUUACCUGGACGCUGUGGUGUCUUUCAUCGAGUGUGGAAACGCCCUGGAGAAGAGCGCCCAGGAGGCCAAAUCCCCCUUCCCCAUGUACGCAGAGACCGUGGAGCUCAUCAAGUACACUAUGAAGCUGAAGAGCUACAUGGCUCCGGAUGCAACCUCUGCAGACAAACGGCUAGCGGUGCUGUGUCUCCGGUGCCAAGCGCUCCUGUAUUUGAGGCUCUUCAAGCUACGCAAAGAAAGUGCUCUGAAAUACUCUAAAACACUCACUGAACACUUGAAGAAUUCGUUGAGUAAUACCCAAGCUCCGUCUCCUGGAGUAGCAAAUAAGUCUGUGGGAAUGCCGUCUCCGGUCUCUCCGAAACUGUCUCCUGGCAGUGGAGCCAGCUUCUCCUCCAGCAGCUCCAGCCAGAGCGCCAGCUCCUCCGUCACCAUCCCACAGCGCAUCCACCAGAUGGCAGCCAGCUACGUCCAGGUCACCUCCAACUUCCUCUACGCCAUCGAGGUGUGGGAGCAGGCCGAACAGCUCGCCAAAGAGCAGAGAGAGUUCUUCUCUGAGCUGGACAAGGUUAUGGGUCCGCUCAUCUUCAACACCAGCAGCAUGACUGAGCUGGUGCGGUUCACACGGCAGGGCUUGCACUGGCUACGACUGGACGCCAAGCUCAUUCAGUAGAGCCAUCUAUCCGUAGUCCCUCUAUGCCUCGAUCUGCCUCAGACGUCCCUGUGACACUGUGUUCAUUUCUACACCAGCUUGCCAAAAAUGGAAGCACUCAAGCCCCGCCCCUCCACCACAGACCCUAUGAAUAUUCAUGAGAGGGGAGGCGGCCAAACCGGACAUCUGUCAGAGCAUUCACUGCAUCGUCCUGCUCACAUCACCGGCUUGUUUAGCAAAAAAAAAGCCUGGUUUCUUACUUUGCCUGUCUUUUUUGAUAAUUUUCUGCUAGCUGUAAGCAAACAAGAAUAAUAAUUGGAUGUUUAUAGCUUUUUAUUUCAACCAGAGUACCUCCUUUUAACCAAAGGUGCUUUUAAAAUUGAGGUUUUCUUUUUUUUUUUAUCAUUUUAUCGUGCCUUGUAUUUGAUAUACAGGAAACUAACUCUCUUGAAAUCCACAUCUAGAAAGGUUUGAAGCUGAAAGAACAUCAUGCACUCGGCAGAUAAUGAAAGCAGUGCCAGACUAAGAGACUGUCGGGCACCAUAUCAAGGCAUUAUUCCUAAUCUCUUAUUUAGUUUUUUGGCCUGUCUCAUCCACAGACGCCGGUCAUGUCUUCUUUGUAUACAUCACUACCACAAACUCCCAGGCCAAGAUUUUUAGUCGAAAUGUAGCGCUCACUCACAUAGGUGUCACUUUCUCACUAUUGAUUUUCUGGUAUUAAACGCAGGAGUAUUUUAUUACCGUGGCUCAGCCUAAUAAUAGAUUUUAUUUAGAUAAUGGCGAAUUGUUCCAAGUUGCGUUUUUUCACUCUUGGGCAUGGUAACAGGGUUGCAAUACGAGAUAAGAGACGUAUUUCUAUUGUAUAUGAAAAUAUCAUAUUUAAAUAUUUAAUGUGAGUCUUGAGGUUGCCUUUAUAGUGUCACAGUCACCUGUGUGUUGCAGUUCUUUGAAAAGUCCUUGCAGUCGAGUGGUGAUAUAUUUAUGUGUGCUGUUGAGAAUAGCAGUUUAUAUAUGUACAUAUUAGCACAGACCGGCCUGCAAUCCACACACGCAGUUCUUCAGAUCAAAACUCAGAAGCGUUUAGCACCGAGAAGAGGAAGGCGGGGAAGUGAAAAGUCAAUCCACCGGAUACGAAAUGCUGGAAACUUGGCGUCUCUUGCACUAGAAUCUUUCCUCUAAACUGUUUCUUCUGUCUAUGCAGAUGCUUUUCUUGCUCGUUAGUGGAGUAGCUAAUGAAGACUCCUGCCAAUUGAAAUUUUCAGCAACUUUUAGAGGUUAAACGUAUUUAAAGGCUGGCGACUAGAUGCAUCACUAAAUGCGCUCGCUACCUUUCAGAAUCCAUCAUUUUGAUUUAGAGAGUCAGUAAAUGCAGUGUGUUAUGGGGUGAGGUCUGUUAAUUGUGCUUUUAUGUAAAUGAAUCCAUGCACUAAUUUGAUUUCUGUACCAGAUUCAUCAUAUGAACAUGGGUUGUUAAAAUGAUUUUCCCUUCUCCUGACAUGAAGUUGUUGAGCUGUCUUUUUUUUUUUUUUUCUUGUUUUUACCAUUUUAAUCUUUUCUACUAGAAUUCAUGAUAGUGCUUUUAGAGGAUUCGACAUGACUGAUUGAUUUAAAUCCAUGUUUAAUUAUCUGUGUGAUCAUAACUGUACCCAAGCUGAGAGUUUCUAUCUUAUUUUUUUUUCUCGUCCUGUUGGAAAAUAACACUCGCAUGUUUCUAUUUAAAUACUAAGCUGUACAGAUGUACAUAGAAAUUCUCUUUUAGGAUAAUUUUUCUUUUUUACAACGAUUUAACAUUUGUAUUAAUUGUAAAUAGAAUGUGAAUAUAUUAAAUGCACAUUUUCUUUUCUCUCAACAGAACACUGUAUGUUAGUGAUGUCCGUACAGUUAUGUUCAGAUUUGCAGUGCUAUAUGAACAUGGCUUUCUGUCGUUCAGGUGAUGUUGGUCAGGUUGAAAUGGGCUAAAUGCAGUUGACCAGAAGAAAGAUCUGCCAUUAUUGACAUAGGACUGCUGUCUGAAGAGAGGAGCAUCAUUGUUCUAGAUGUCUGUGUGUAGGACUCAUUCUCAAAGCAAUCAUUGGCAAGCAGUAUAAAAUCAAUUUAGUUUUAAAAGUAUUGACCAGAUGAAAUCUACAUAUAUAUAUUCAUAUAUGGAUGCAAUAUGAUCUAUGAUUUUAAAGGUACUCUUAUGAGCCUCGAUUAUCCAAACUUGUAAUAACUUGUAAUUUAAACACUUUGUUUUUUGGUGAAGUGAGUAUUACUAAUGGAUUUUCUGAGUCUGUUGGGAAUCAUCUUUGUAUUUUGCUGUAUUGAGAAUAAAAUAUAUAUGAUUAAAGA